AUGAGUCCAUUGACUUCAUUUUCUCCAAUUUCUCCACUCAGACACAAUUCUUCCAAUGAUAAAACCGCCACGUUGAAGAUGGACCAGCCACAGCUCAUGAUAGCGUUUACUUGCAACAAAUGUGAUACCAGAUCCUCGCACACAUUCUCAAAACAGGCGUAUUCAAAGGGCACGGUACUCAUUCAGUGUCCAGGGUGUAAGAAUCGUCAUUUGAUAGCAGACAACUUGAAGAUUUUCAGAGACAACAAGGUCAACUUGGAGGAUAUUUUGAAGGCCAAAGGUGAGUCUGUAGCAACCACCACGGACGAUUUAGCGUUUGAGGACAUUCCUGAAUCCUUGAGAUCAACUUUAGGACAUCAUGCUAAAGAUGCACCUGAAGAAUACCAAAAGGAGCCGGUGAAUACAGACUUGCCGGAGCCAAAGAAGUAG